CAUAUUUUUUGAUUCGAGAGCAUAGAUGUGAAACUAAGCUAAGGUUAUGUGACAGAUUAUUCGAUGAUAAUGACUUGUAAAUCGUGAAAACAUCAAAGGAAAAGUGUUUUCCAAACUUAAGUUUUGUUUUCGCGAUAGAUUAAAGAAAUAAUAGGAAAAUGGAUAACAUUACGACGGAAUCGGGUAGAAUUGUAAAAAUGGAAGUAGAUUAUACUUCUACUUGCGACGAAAAAAUACCGGAAUGCAAGAAAUUGGCCUCUCAGGGAAAGAUGCAUGAUGCUUUGGAGCAGUUGCUUACCUUAGAGAAACAAACCCGGACUGGGGCUGAUAUGAUAUCCACUGGUCGCGUCCUUGUAGCUAUCGUACAAAUAUGCAGAGAAGCAAACGACUGGAAUGCUCUGAACGAACAUAUUACCCUUUUAGCCAAACGUAGAAGCCAACUGAAGCAAGCUGUCGUCAAAAUGGUACAGGAAUGUUAUUCCUAUGUAGACCACACUCCCAAUUUGGAAACAAAGAUUAAGCUUAUAGACACCUUGAGGUCAGUAACUGAAGGUAAAAUAUAUGUUGAAGUUGAACGUGCUCGUCUUACUCACAAACUAGCUAAGAUACGAGAAGAUGAGGGAAACAUCCAAGAAGCUGCUAAUAUAAUCCAAGAACUACAAGUUGAGACUUAUGGUUCUAUGGAAAAACGCGAAAAAGUAGAACUUCUGUUAGAACAAAUGCGUCUUUGUCUCCUGAAACAGGAUUAUAUUCGUACACAAAUAAUUUCGAAGAAGAUAAAUGUUAAAUUUUUCGAGGAUGGGGACACACAAGAUUUGAAGUUGAAAUAUUACAAAUUGAUGAUGGAAUUAGAUGAGCAUGAAGGAUCUUAUCUUGCAACUUGUAAGCACUACAGGGCUGUCCUAGACACUCCUUCAAUACAAGAAAACACUGUGGAGAAACAGAACAUUGCCAAAUCUGUUGUGCUUUAUUUGAUAUUGGCCCCGCAUGAUAAUGAACAAGCAGAUUUAACUCAUAGGGUAUUAUCGGAAAAAGUUUUAGAGGAAAUACCGGUGUAUAAACAGCUUUUGAAGUUAUUCACAACACCAGAGUUGAUCAAAUGGUCUGGUUUAUGUGAAUUGUAUGAGAAAGAGUUGAAAACCACUCCUGUAUUUGCUGGGAAUAGUCUGUCAGUGAAAAGAUGGAAUGACCUCAAAAACAGGGUUGUCGAACACAAUAUUCGUGUUAUGGCUCAGUAUUAUACAAGAAUCAAAAUUGCAAGAAUGGCUGAAUUGUUAGACUUAACAGUUGGCGAAACUGAGGAAUUCUUAUCUCAGAUGGUUGUGAGCAAGAGUGUGGAGGCUAAAACAGAUCGUCCAGCUGGUGUUAUCCACUUCCAACAAACUAAAGAUCCUAGUGACUUCUUGAACGACUGGGCCCACGACCUGUCAUCCCUCAUGCAGUUGGUAAAUAAGACCACUCACUUGAUCAACAAAGAGGAGUGUGUUCAUAAGCAUCUCCAAGCCACAGCUUGAAUUGUAACUUGAGUUUAUAAGGUGUUUUCUAAGUAAUAAAGUAUAAAUUUUCCUUUCAA